AUGUCCCUCUCAGCGCUGCUCCAUGGGGACACCUUCUUUCUUGACGACUUUGCUGUGCGGCAGUGGGACGACCCGAACUACUCAGGCACUCGGAUAUCACAUGACAAGGCGGACUUUGUGGCGAAGGUGCACGAGCUGUUCAAGCAGAGCGGUGCCAAGCUGGUAGAUGGCUAUGCCCCCUUCUGCAAGCACGAGGCGGCGGUGCAGCCCGUGCCCGUGGCGGCCCACCUGGAUCUGAUCUUGUACAGCCGGGAGCAGCUGGUGGAGGAGUACAGGGCCAUGCCGUCAAAGAGCGGGGGGCAGGACCCCGACCUUCUGCUGCCCAAGGUACCGUGGGGCAUCAUCUCUGUCAAAGCGCAGAACGAAGACUAUGAGACACCCAUGCAGCCGAUCACCAUGAUACGAAACGCCCUUGGUCGCGAGGAGGGCGGCAGUGGGGUGCCCCUUAACAGGGAUGCAUACGAGGCGUCCUGCAACUACUGGCAGCACCAUGCGCCCAUUGUGGCUGGAGAGGAACCCAGCGGCGAGUAG